AGUGAAAACGCAUCUCAGUGAGAUGAUCCCGCUCCGUCCUCCUCACGCGUUACAAAGCCCGCACGGAUUCACAAGGACACGCUUUAACCACCUCUGACGCAUUCAGGACGGUUCAUUUUUUUUACAUUUUGCCCCGGCUCCUUCGUUUUGUGUUUUGGACGGAAAUCUGUCUCUCUCUUUUUUUUUGUCCGCGGGAUACCGAUGGCCACCACCACCAUCCCCAGCAUCAGCACCACCACCACCACCACCACCGGAGGGCCGUCGGGCCAGCCAGGACGGCCGGGAUUCAACCAGCACACCUAGCAGGCUGAGGAGGCCCACAUCAGACCUAGCUGCCUUAACUGACCUUUGACCUUCAACCAGUGGAGAACAGCAGGACUCAUCAUCAUCAUUGUUAUCAUCAUCAUCUAGCCUCCUCAUCAUGAUGCAGCAGAGAGUCAACUGAUAAAAUCUGAAAGAUGACAGAGAGCAGGAGGAGGAGGGAGCCGAGAGACGCGGAGUGGGAACAAAAUUAGGACAAAGAGGAUGUGAAUGUGACACUGACCUUUUCCUCAUGUGCUGUUCAUUGACCCACGUUCCCUGUAACAAACUCAACAUUUCAAUCCAGCAUCAAAAACCAAAAAACUUCCAGCUUCUUAACAAUGUAGAGGACGGCAGCAAUGAUUGUUGAUUCACAAGCUGUCAUAUUCAGUCGCUGAACACCAUCAUAGAUGACCACGAUUGUCUCUUACUGAUUAAAUCUAGAGCUGAAACUGUUUCAGCCAAGUUUUUAUAAAUUUAAAAACAAAGACAGCAAAUAAGAUUGUGUUACAGAUAAAGGGCAAAGACAACCAAAUCUCAUCAGCAAGAUUGUACAACAAACUGGAGAUACGCUGGAAUAAAAGUAGGAAAAGAAAACGAUCUAUAGUUUGUACAGAAACAUAUUUUUGAACGUCAGGAAUCAAAGCAGAGUGAGAAUCCACGAUGACGCAUCUACACGCUGGCCUGAGCUCAGAGACGACGGAGAAGGCUCGCUUAGAGCUGAAUGAAAACCCAGACACUCUGCAUCAGGACAUCCAGCAGGUGCGGGACAUGAUCGUGACACGGCCUGACAUCGGUUUUCUGCGGACGGACGAUGACUUCAUCCUCCGUUUCCUGAGAGCCAGGAAGUUUGACCAGGUGGAGACAUUCAGGCUGCUUGCCCAGUACUUCCAGUUCAGACAGCAGAACCUCGACAUGUUCCAGAGCUUCAAGGUGGAUGACCCCGGUAUCAAGCGGGCGUUAAUGGACGGUUUCCCCGGCGUGCUGGAGACUCCAGACCAACAUGGCCGAAAAAUCCUCAUCCUGUUCGCUUCCAACUGGGACCAGAGCAGGAACUCCUUCACAGACAUCCUGCGAGCGAUCCUCCUUUCUCUGGAGGUUUUGAUAGAGAACCCGGAGCUCCAGAUAAAUGGUUUCAUCCUCAUCAUUGACUGGAGCAACUUCUCCUUCAAACAGGCCUCUAAGCUCACACCCAACAUCCUCAAACUGGCCAUCGAGGGUCUUCAAUCUGCUUUCCCCGCUUCCUCUCCUCCUCUUCUUGUCUCCUCUCCUCUCCUUGCUUCCUUUUCACCUCUCCUCCUCUCCUUGCCUCUUCAGAUCUUCCUCCACGGUAACAACCUGAACUCGCUCCACCAGCUCAUCCAGCCCGAGUGUUUGCCGUCAGAGUUCGGUGGGACUCUUCCUCCGUACGAUAUGGGGAUCUGGGCUCGAACACUGCUUGGACCCGAUUACAACGACGAGACCGAGUACACACUGACCUAUGAUGCGCUGCAUGUCAGGGAGAACUGUGGAGGAGGAGGAGGAGGAGACAAAGAGAUGAUGAAGAGGUCUCAGUCAGCGGUGGAACCAGGAACUCUCCGACAAACGGACAGAGAGACUAGCACACCACUACUUGCCCUGGACUGAACACACACGCGCACACACACACACACACACACACACACACACACACACACACACACACCCUAGAGCCGUCACACACGCAGAUCUAUCAGCACACACACAUGUACAGAUGACAACAAACCACAACAUCCACUUUGACACACGCACCAGCUGUGUAUUAAGCUGGUGGAUUUGAACUUGCGUCCUUUAGUCCUGUUGACCUGAACUCUGACAGUGACUGCACUUCUUGUACAGGACACACACGCACACACACACACACACACACACCCACCCACCCACACACACACACACACACGCAAACAGUCUGUCCUGUCUCUGAGCCGUCUAAUGCCUCCCAGCUGAGCCUCUCUCCAGCCAGCAGCAGCAUCUGUCCUGAUGUCCACGACGAUACAUAACACACUCUGAUGUGUGUUUGUUCGUCUGCUUCACAUUUUGUUAAUUCUAUCAGAAACAAACAGGAAUGUAUGACGAACACAACUGAUCUUUUUCUGUGAGCCGAGUCAUAAAAGGAUGUGUAACUUUAUUUAAACCUCAGAGAACAGACUGACAAAAACAACAAUGAAACAUAAAGUCAUUUCAAUAAUUAAGAAGCAUUUAAAGCAGGUUGCACCAACAAGGAUUCAGUCAAUCAAAGUUUUUUUAAAUUCUGGUUCAACAUGAUUAACCCGCUGGUUUAAACAUUAAUCCAUAUAGUUUCAGAAACGAGCAUCUUUCCACCAAACUCCACUCACUUUUUUGUUUAAUUUUGGUGAAAUAUGUUUUUACAGUUGUUGUUUUUUCACAAGUUUUAAAUAUGUUAUUUUUCAGAAACAAGAAUCUUUUCACCAAACUCUACUUCCUUUUUAAAAAAAUUUUUUUUGUGAAAUAUGUGAAUGCAAUUGCACAGCUGUGUUUUAAAGAUGUUCAGUUUUAGAAACAAGCAUCUCUCCACUGAACCCCAGUCACUUUUUCUUUUUAUAUUUAGUGAAAUAUGUUGAUACAUUUUUAUAGAUUUUGUAUGAAAUAGACCUUAUUGCACAUUUAUUUGUUUUACUUGUAUUUUGGGUGUUAUCAUGCUCUAAGUUUUGAAACUACAGCUCCCAUAAUGCUUCAGGGGAGGUAAAAUGGAAAAUAAUGUUGCCUUGGAGCUACACCUUGAGGGCCUUUUACAUUUUGUCAAUUUGUCUUCAUUACAAUUAUGCCGAAUUAUCUAUUAGCAGCUCCUGUUUGCAGUGUACCCAUGGCUGUACAGACACCUAUCACUGGAUUACUGUGAUACUAAGAAAAACCUAAAAACGUGAUGAUUCCCAAGCAAGUUCUGCAUUUGUAAGGACCGUCUUUUUUCUAUGAUUUUUAAGUAGAUUCAUGGAUGUCACAUUGAAUCUAAAAAUACACCUUUCAUGUCUGCGAGUUAAAAUUUGAAUGAAUUAUGAGUGUGAGGAGUGUGAUUUUUGACACUCCUCCUCCUCCUGCUUACCUCUCAGUUUGAAAAUCUCUGGAAGUUGAUUGACAGAAAAUUAUGCACAAACAAAUCUGAUGUAUAAUUAACUGCUGUAAGUCGUUUACCAAAAGAAAACAGUUUCUCAAAAUGUAAGAAUUACCUGUUUUUCUCUGUUUUACAUCAUCGAAAAACUGAAUGUGUUUGAGUUUUACACUGUUUGUUGACAUUUGAAGACUCAAGUUUAGACCCUCAAACCUCAAACACAUUUCAUAGACGAAAGAAUGAAUUGGUCAAACCAAAAUGAUUUUUAGAAAUGAAUUUAAAGUUGCAACCCUAAAUAAAGGUGUAUUAGUAGAACAAACUCAGUUUAAUGAUUCAAACCAGAUGAAUAUUGGAUUAAAUUCAUCAGAUGGAAAACUUCCACAUUAAUCUUGAUUAAUUUAGGUUUAGAUUUGGAAUGAUAACAUUAAUAAUGUUUUAUCCAGGCUUAAAGAGAAUCCUUGUUGGUGAAAUUCAGCCUUAAAUGUUUUAAAAAGAGGAUUUAUCUUCAGUGUUUUCUGAACUGUGAAUCUAGAAUCUAAAAUUAGUUUCUGGGUGGUUCUGACAUGGCGGCUCCAUCACUACUUCAACAUCUUUAUACUUGCUGGAUUUUUUCCCUCAGAAUACUUUGAAUUUAACUGACUUUUAAUGUCCUGAAACCUGAAAGGGAAAUAAAUUCAGUGGCGGAGGAAACAUUUCCGCAUCAGUUAUCAGAGGAAGGAAGGACAACACAAAAAAGUGAAGUGAAGAAACCACAGGAUGCGAAAUUAUCACCUUUAACCUCGACUGCAGUGAAGGGAAAGAUUGUUUUUAUUGAAUCUAACUUAUUAUUAUGAAGAUUGUAUAUUAUUGUUAUAAGUAUUAUUAUGCUGCAAAAAAGUGACACACUUGGCUGAACUUAUCAUGAGAUAUUUAAAGUCUAAUUAUCUUUAUUUAUUUCUGCAGGGUAACUUAUUUUAAUUUCUGUCAGAAACUAGAAAAUCUCAGAGCAACAACAACUCGUUGAACAUCAUGUUUGCAGGUCGAUAAUUUCACUUUAAAAAUAUCUUGAUAUAAUGUGGAUUAUUUGUAAAAUAAAAAGGCCAAGUUUGUCAAGAGUUUUUGCAGUGUGUUUGACUCAUCAUCAGGGCUACACUGAGCAGUGAUCUGAUCUCCACUCGACUGUCAUGUAAUGUAUUUCCUUUCAAUGAAUGUAUAGAAGUAAACAUUUACACCAAUGUGACAAUGCUGUGUUUCAUUUAAUGGAGGGGAUUUUAUUUUGAAAGGAAAGAUGUUUUUUUUCUUAAUACAGUAAAACUUUAACUCUCUCACUUUGUUGUAAAAUUCAAAGUACAACUGUUUAUUUUCCUGCAGUGAAAGAAAAACUGUAGGUGAUCCUAAGUAAAUAUAUAC